UGAACUUGAUGCAGAGGAUUGAUCAUUCAGUGUGCUUUCAUGGACUCUAAAUGUGGCAAGAAAAAACUUAGAUCUGUCUCAGCUGAACCAGAUGUUUGCUGGAAGAUGUUUUUGCUGAAGGAAAACAAAAAGAGGAGAAAAGAGCCUUCCACAACAAAUUUAAAGUUUUUCACAAUCUGAGCAAAGAUAAGUUAGAUACCUAAGGACAAAAAAAGAUGUCCACUCCAGGUGUCGAGCCAAGGGAGCAUGUGGAUGUGAUGUACAUCUCUAUUGAGAUAGCCAUUGCUGUGGCUUCUGUCCUAGGGAAUGUACUAAUUGUGCUUGUAGUGUACGUGAACCAGGCUCUCCGUGACACCACCUUCAGCUUUAUUGUUUCUCUGGCUGUGGCUGACAUCGCCGUUGGAAGCUUGGUUAUCCCUCUGGCCAUUGUUAUUAGUCUGGGAUUCAGGACCCAGUUCUACACUUGCCUCAUCCUCUCCAGCCUGGUGCUGAUCAUCACCCAGAGCUCUAUCUUGUCUCUCCUGGCCAUAGCCAUCGACAGAUAUCUGCGCAUAAAAAUUUCUACAAGGUACAGCGACAUAGUGACCCAGGGGAGGGCGUACAUGGCGGUUUGUAUAUGUUGGAUCCUCUCCUUCCUCAGUGGAUUGGUUCCAUUGGUUGGCUGGAACAAUCUACACCAUGGGAACCUCAGUAGUUCCACUGAGAUAGUUUGUGAGUUUAAAACUGUUAUUCGGAUGGACUACAUGGUGUACUUUAAUUUCUUCGUCUGUGUGGUGGUGCCUCUGGCCUUGAUGAUUAUUCUGUACGGGGAGAUCUUCCGAGUGAUCCGACACCAGCUCAACCGCCGUGCUGAAGCAACUUGUGAUAGAGAAAGGUAUUACCGAAAGGAGCUGAAGCUGGCAAAGUCGCUGGCCUUGGUGGUUUUUCUUUUUAUCAUGUGCUGGAUGCCAAUACACAUCAUGAACUGCAUUGACUUUUUUUGCUCAGACUGUGAAAUACCCAAGUUAGUUGUGUAUAUAGGAAUUUUUAUGUCUCAUGUAAACUCAGCACUCAACCCGAUGGUUUAUGCAUUCAGAAUAAAACGCUUCCGUCUCACACUGAUCCAAAUAACUCGCCGCUGCAUGUUAUGUAAGCCAACAGUGGCCACUCCAUGCCCUACCAGCACCAUAGACAGGAAUGAAAAAUUGGCUGUGGACCUAUAGCAUAUAAUAAAAAAAAACUUUAGUCCUUAAUGUGUAGUCCAAGCAAGAAUAAUAAUGCUAUAAAUAAUCAUAAGACUAAUUAUAAUUGAAAAAGUAAGACUGACCCUGUUUCUAAAUCAUUUUGAUCUAUGGUUUAGCACCGAUAUUUUGUGUUUUACCUACAUCAGCAACCAACAACCACUGUUGGUUCUUGUUGUAAAAGAAAAUGCAAAAGAAAAAAACAACUUGAAUAAAAAAUGCUGCGAAGCUUUAAGGUUAUCAAAAAUCUUAGUUGUUUUGUUUGUCGUGUAUCUGAUUGCAGAUUAUAACAUGAAUCUUUGUUGUAUUUAACAUCUUUGUUCUUUUUAAUUUAAAGUGAAAAUGUUGGAUACUUUUUCCUAUAAUAUUUCCAUUUAUAAGGUUUCCCCCCAAAUAGCUGAAAAAAAUACAAUGAUGUGCAGCUGGCAGGAGUGGACAAUAAUAACCUAAUUGUUAAGAUAUGUACGUAUCUGUGCAAAUACAAUGACAAUGGAUGAACAUAAGUAUGGUUCUGGACCACUUGCUCCCAAACGUUGGUGUCAAUAUUCCUCUGUGGAUUGUGGAAAACCAACUUGGGAAUCUUUAAAUUGUUUUUAUUUUUUUCAGAAAUCAAUAACAUGUUUUCCUAAGUCGUAACAAGAAUCAAUAGAAGUUGUCAAUAGCAUUUUGCAAUAGCAUAUCACUCAUUGCCUUCAAUCAUAGUGCCUAUUGAUCCCCAAUGUUGCCAAAUGACAAAACUCAUUAAAAAGAUCAUAAACAAUCCAAUUAAUCAUUGACUUUCUUUUGAAACUAUAACGGGUAUUUUAGAAAUGUUCUGUUCGAACUUCUUGCUGAUCCUAUCGUUUACAUAACCAGGAACAAGUGCAGAAAUAAUUUCAGUUAUGAAGUUCUUUUCAUUGUGUUACAACUAACAUUUGUUUUAGCAUUUGCACUCAAAAAAACGUUUGUUCUUUGCUUUCAGUUGUGUAAGGCUUCUGCAAAGUUACUGUGCCUUUCGACUACCACAAGGGAUGUGAGCUGCAGCCCCCUACACUUUGUAAUUACAGAUUUGUUUGUGUUUAUGGUGUCUUCAUGUCAGGAUGUAGGUAAACUAUUAGCUUUUGCAUUUUUAACCAGCUAUAGUUUGCGUCACAACACCUCUCCACUCUAAAUGUAUUGGUCACAAAUUGAAAAGUUGGAACUCAUUGAUUGGGACAAAAGUCCAGGACUGACCAAAAAUAUUUUUUUGCAAAAAAUAAACAAAUAUAUAUAUAUAUAAAGCUAACACGUUUUUAUUCCAUGUACUCCUUUUUAAAUCUAAAACCAGUUAAUAUAAACUAGAAUUAAUUGUCCCACUCGAACUGCCAAGCCUUUGUCACACAAUGUGGGCCUCUGUUAGCUAAAUGUCAGCUAAAUCAGCUUCUUCGGGUUGUAUAUUAAAAGCUGUUGGAGAGGGCUGAAAAGCACUGGAACAUUUGAAUCAAUUACUUAAAGCGCAUUAACCUGAUUUAUUCCAACUCUAAACCUAAGAUGUCUGCAAUAGUUUUGCUUUGUCAUCAGUUUGACUUCUGCCUCAGUUCAGCAACAAUGUUCUAUAAAAUAAAAGAUGUGAAAUUCUUGUGAAACUUCAAACAACCUGUCUUUCAGAUUUUGUGUGUGGCAAAUACUAACAUUUACAGGAAUAAUAAGCAUUGUGCUUUAUGAAGAUUUUUACCUUUCUUUGCAUUAUUAUGAAAUAAAACCUUCACCCUGCCUUUCUGUUUUUGUGUGUCUCUCAAUCAUGAACUCAGUAAUACCUAUAUCACCAUCUGUCAACCCCCCUCCUUAGUUAGGGAUUUUAAACUGCUGAGUGUGGUUAAAUCCUUAGCCCUUGUCUUAGUGACGGAGAUACCACAUAACCAAGUUGGCAUUACCAGCCUUGUAUGUUGUUUCUGUUUUCUGUGGCCAUACAAAUGUUUAAGGAGCAGAAAUAUGGUCUAACAGAGAAGAGAAGAAGGCAAAUUUCUAUGCAUUUAUUCUGUAGUUCUAAUCGAAAAUACUAAUCUUCUUCAAGCUUUAGAAGGGGGCUUACAUUUGGAACUAUAAAAUGGCAAACACCAAUGAACUGGAGGACAGUCAGGAUCCAGAGGCUCCGGAGGAAGACCUGGAUGAUGAACAGCAAGCCUUACUGCACUUAAGCAAACAUGGAGACAGUCGGCGUGCGCGACCCUGGGAGCAGUGGACCUUCAGAGAAAAGGCAAACUUUUGCAUGGAUCGUGUCUUCCUUGGCUUUUUAAUCAUAUUUGUGAUAAUUUUGUUGAGUGAAUUUGGCUAUAAAAUGUGGUAUAUGUCAAAUUUGAAGAAGAUAGCAGAGUUUGUGUCAGACUGUGUAAUUUUUCUGAUCAACUGGCUUUUCACCCAGCAGAGACAAGAGGAGCUGUUUGAAUUGUAGCAUUUGAAUAAAGGUCAACAAUUAA